ACUAAAAAAAAUGCAGACCCAUGACCAAUACUUGGAGAGAGAUGGUAUAUUAAGGAGUGUGUGUGUGUUAUACAAGUCAGAAUAUAUGUUGAAAUAAGAGGAGUUCCUUUGCUAGUAGCUAAAGCCUCUUUUAUAUACCCUUCUCUUACACCGUCAAAUUUUCCAAUUCUCUUACACAGACAUGGAAACUUCUCAGCCUCUUUCUAUUGAAAGUUUCUCUUAUAGUUGGUUAGUGAACCUGAAGCCAACACUAGAAAGCCUAGAUAGCUCCCUGAGAACUUCUCUUGAUGCAUAUGAUGAAGCUUCCUUCAUUCAAAUGGACCCAAGGAUGCCACCCUCUAAAAGAUUCUUCAAAAAUUCACAAGAUUGCAAAUUUGACUUUCCAAUUUCACAGUCCCCUCUUUCUCUUGUUCAUGCUGAUGAACUCUUCUCCAAUGGUUACCUCACAACUCUUUUUGAUGAAUCUUUGAAGAUGGAAGAAUUUGAGACCUCAGACUCAUCUUCACAUGCUUCACAAAGUACUGUGCUUCCUGCAGGACACUCUAGAUGCCCUUCCUUGAAAAGAUGCAGAACAUUAUCAAGGACAGUAUAUCACAAAUAUCUGAAUUUCUUGAAGUCUUUGAGUAGAAGAUUAAGGGGUCACAAAUCAGGUUCAAAAAAAACUGAAACUGUUGCUAAAAGAGGUGAAGCAGUGAGGAAUAGGAGAUACUAUUCAGAAACAUCUCCAAGAAUCAGUGAAGCUUUCUCUGCUGAUAAUUGGAGAAAGUCUUGUGAUUCUGAAAGCUCAAUAUAUGAGGCUGUUCUCCAUUGCAAAAGAUCCUUUGAGAGUGAGAGAGAAUGAGUUAAGCAUUGCUGCAAAAGGGGUGAAGGUGAAGAUGAAUUACAAGAGAUUAAAUUUGAUCUACUGUUGCUGUAAAUGUUUUCAUACUUUGAGGGAAAGAAAGAAAAUGCCACUUCAAUGUUGUUGUGCCUAA